AUGGCUCCGAAGGUGGUUUCUGGGAAAGCUGCAAAGAAGUCUUCCAAAGUUAAGGUUCCAAAGACCGAUAAGAAGAAGAAACGCAGGAGGAAGGAGAGUUAUGCAAUUUACAUCUACAAAGUCCUGCGCCAAGUUCACCCAGACACCGGUAUUUCAUCAAAGGCGAUGUCAAUUAUGAAUUCCUUUGUCAAUGACAUCUUUGAACGGAUUGCUGCAGAAGCCAGUCGUCUUGCACAGUACAACAAGAAGUCAACUAUUACAAGUAGAGAAAUUCAAACAGCUGUGCGUUUACUUCUCCCUGGUGAGCUCGCGAAGCAUGCCGUUUCAGAGGGUACCAAAGCGGUCACCAAAUACACAAGUUCUAAAUAA